AGAGCACGUCAGAUUGAUAUGCGAGAGGAGUGGAGAGGAGGUUAACAAUGUCGUUUCACUGUAAUUGGUAGUUUUGAGAGGAAAAACCAAACUGCGUAGUAAUCUAUCCAAGGGCAAGGACAAAUACACAGUGGUUGAGUCGUGCGAGGAUGGCAGGGCAGGAUUUUCAGAAGCCUCUGAAUGGGGAAACAACAGUAGCCACUUUAUCAAGGGCUCUUAUUGCGACUUCAGUCCAGCAUAAGCCUCUGCCAGGAUUUGAUAUGGACCGUGAUGACCCACGGUAUUAUCGUCUCCAGCAAGAAAUUGAUUGUGAUAUCGUUUAUCCAGGAAUUUUGAUUGGUGAUGCGGCCACCGCAAAAAACAAGAGCUACUUGAAGCGUAUCGGCGUAACUCACGUGUUGAAUGCAGCAGAGGGGACCCGCUUCGGGUUCGUUCCAACGAACAAGGACUAUUACAGAGAUGUUGGAAUGCAGUAUUUGGGACUACCUCUGGCAGAUUUACCUUCGGUAGACAUUAGCAAAUAUUUCUAUACAGCAGCGGUUUUCAUUGAUGAUGCCAUAAAGAGUGGAGGAACAGUGUUCGUUCACUGUAUGGUAGGAGUAUCACGCAGUGCAACUUGUGUAAUUGCAUACCUGAUGAUCAAACGUCACCUACUGGCUGAGGAAGCGAUCCGUUUGAUACGAAAGAGUCGGAGCAUUCAUCCAAAUGAGGGCUUCCUGUACCAGCUAGCACGAUUGGACAAUCAGCUUCGGCGCCAUCGGCUUUAAUCAGAAUUCAUCGGUCACGAAAUCUAUCGAAAAACGCUUUGGGAAAAAUUGUGGUUUAUUUAGAUAACUUAUUUAAUUUGGAUGUAGAGUUAACAGUUUAAGACAAUUUAUAAGAAAUGGAAUUAUGCCUUUUUUAUCGGAGAUUGAGGUUGAUCCUCUGUACGAAAUUUAAUGUAAUAAAAGUGGGAUUCAUCUAAAAUCUGUACAAGA